AGCAGCCUAUCAAUUCCCUGUAGGUGCAUCGUGUAUACUAAACGUUUAAGCAGUUUAGAUAUUUUAUUAGCAGGAAAAUUUCAACGAGUCAAAUGUUUUCUUAGCUAAUGUUUCCCUUUUUGUUGCAUUUUCUUUUGUUGUUGUUUCCUGUGUCGUGGCUAAUUUUGUGCCUUUCCCUUCCCGUCUUUCGGCUCUGGAAACGGCGGAUCUGAACGCUGUAGGACGUGGGGGGAAAGGGGGAGCAAAUGUUUUAAUUUUAAGCCUUAGUUGGGUGUGUAGCUGGUUAUGGCAGUUCCGUGUGAUGUUUGUACGCCUACGAUCCCGCUGGCUGAGAUUGAUCUGUAUAGGGGACAUUCUGUCAUAGAAAGGGAGGCUUUGUGCUGUUUCUACGGUGCACAGCUGGCCGCAGCUGGCCGGUCAUGAACCACGUCUAUCGAAACGCCGACCUGGAUACGCGCUUCACUCUUAACAAGUUGGGGAAGUUAGUUUUGUAACAGUGCGGGUGUGUAGGUUAAUAAACACUGGGGCCAGUAUUGCAUCAAGCAUUACGGCUCAUCGAUCACCGCAGCUGACCAUGUUUUGCAACAUCGGAUAGACAGCUUGGUGCAAUGAUCCCCGGCGGGGCCUGGGCGUAAGGCGAUGGGCUGCACCUCAGCCAAGCAGGUGUCGGCUGUGCCCAACGACGAGGAGGGCCGGGGCAAGGCCUACAGCAAUGGCGACCUCCUGAGCGAUGAAUACAAGACCAAAGGGGUGGAGGAGGUGAAGUACAUGGUUGGACAGGAAGAUAGAGUGAACGCACGCAACCAUGAGAACCUGGACAAGUGUGGAGUGGCGCACAGGGACAAACAGCGAGAGGUGGUAGCAGUCAAUGGCACCAAGACGAACAUCAACAUGUCGGACAGCCAGCAGGAAUUCUUCAGGAUGUUGGAUGAGAAGAUUGAGAAGGGACGAGACUACUGCUCUGAGGACGAGGAGGACGCGACAUAGCACAGCUUCCGCCAGCACGACUGCACCCACCCCAGAGCGAAAAUCGGCAGAUGUUGGAGGGAAGGGAUGUAUGAACAGAUGGGCAGACUGGAGAUACUGACUCUAUGCCAUCAGCCACAAUCCCCGGAUAAUGGGGGCUGCAGCCACGCAGCUCCCCACUUCGUCCUAGCGAACCCCACCCACCAGAAAACGAGCAGAUUGAUGAAUAAGCCCCACACCCUCAUUGUGAUAUUGUGGACUCAUCACCUUAAAAGACUUAAAAGCCCAAAAGAGACUUGAGUUGGAGUUGGAUCUUCUUACAGAAAUCAGCAGGGGCACUGGAUCUUGCAGCUAUUUUUUAUUUCCUUUGUUUUUAUUUUCAGGGUUACGUUAUUUUUAAAUCUGUCACUCUCAUAUGAUUUCUCACACUGCACAGCUUCUUGUAGGAGUAUUUAAGGGACCCGGAACAUUAAGGUCAGGCUGACCUCCCUCCCUCCAAAACCCUGGUCUGUGUACUUUGGCACAGACACAGGCAAGCACACUAACCACAUCCUUAAACCAGUGGUUUUGUAUCCUAGUCCUGGAAAGCCAUUGUUUACAGGUAUUAAACUGCUUUUACAGUGUUAAUAAAGAAGCCCAAAUCCGAAGUGAAACCGAUUCAACCAGUAAUGAGCAGUUUUUUUAAUACAGAGAUGCACCAAAUAUCUACACAUGCAGGGGGCUUCCAGGGAUGUCACACACAGCCCGCCUCACGCACUGAGUCACAUUUCCCAGAAUUCCAUUACACAUGCAGAAACCCAGCCCCUAGCGCCCGCCUAUCGCUGUGGCAUCAGCAUCCGCCAGUUCCCCCUCGGAGGGAGGCAGAUGGUCCAGGCUGACCUUCAGUUCUUCCUGUCCCGCAGGAGCACACUCCCAGGGUUCAAGACGCAGUCCAGCAGAGACACAGUCCCAGCCUCUUACUGCCUUUAUACUUUAAUCUGUUUUUUUUUUUUUUUUUACUGAAUUUCCCCCCUUUUUUAUGAAAAUAAAAAAACACUGUUUGAA